AUGUUCCUGCUGAUCUUGCCCUGGCUGAACGUGCUCCUUAGUGCUAGUGUUUCUUCAUGUGAUGCCUUCCUGCUACCACAAUCUACCAUUGGCGGUGUCACUCGAACCACAACUACGGAUCACCAAAGAUGGUCAUCGCUCGCCGCGUCAUCACAAGAAGAAGAUGAGAAGAAGAAGAAACACGUGGUCAUUGUCGGAGGAGGGUGGGCUGGAUUUAGUGCUGCCGAUGCCUUGGCCCAAGCUUCCGACAAUACCAAUCUGAAGAUUACUCUGUUGGAUGCCGCUCCUCGUGGCAAAGGAGGUCUCGCCGGUGGUGCGAACGGAGGCCGAUGUGCAGUACGAUGUAGACAUGGGAUGACACAAAAGAAUAAGCUAAAAAUUAAAAGGGGAUUCUACGUCUACCUCGUUCUAGCGAGUCCCGGGAGGUUCACCUCGUGA